AUGGACGCCACGAAGAACACCAUCGACACACCACAGACUGGCCAGAAGCGCAAGCGCGAAGAUGAAAGACCUCCUGUCAAGCUGCGUCUCCGCUUUGGCAAAGGACCUGACCAAAUUGCGAGAAAUAGACUACUCCAGCAGCGAUUAUUCGCGGGUAAGGAGAACGAAGCUGCGGCUUCUUCUCCCGCAGCAAUCGUUGCGGGCAACGAGAGUCAACAUGGGGCAUCUGCUCCCGCAACAUCUACUACGGAUCAUGUGAGUCAACAUGCGGCAUCUCCUUCCGUAUCUGCAACAUCCGUUACGGGCAGCAUGAGGGAGCUUGCGGUAUCUGCUCCCACGACAUGCACUACGGGUGAUGCGAGCAAACAUGCUACUUCUGAUCCCGCAACUACCAUGGAGGGUAAUGCGAGCAAACAUGACGCAGCUUUACCUGCACCCGCAACAUCAGAACAGCAAAAAGGUCCCGCAAUUGAGUUCACGGAUCAGUCGCCUGCGGCACCAAUGUCGCCUAGGCGGCCUUAUUCAUUCUUACUGUCAGAGUCAUCUACGGAUUCAGAUUCCGAGUCAUCUACAGGCUCAGAGCGUAGCGUGAGAUUGAUGGGAGAACCCACCAAAUACUUCCAAGGCUCGGAAAAGGAGAAAGACGAGGAGCCUGAUUAUGAUGAUGGGGAUCACGGCCCUGGAGAUCACUCCGAAUCCGAUGAUGUUGCGGACAAGGACGAAGAAGACGAGGGAGAACUUUCCAACCCGUCAAUGAGUCCCGCAAGUACACUCACAACUCUCGAAGAAGACGAGUUUCUCCCUAUUGCUCCACAACCUUUGGAGAACAGGAAGGAACAGACCCCGCUAGCGACAUCCUGCGUCGCUGCCCAAAAGCGACUGGUUGAGAUCGUGCAACCACAGUCGAUUCCCGCACCUGAGAACUCGGACACUGGAUCCGUUGUUACUCCGCAGCAUUCGGAACGCAGCAGUGACCAAACCUCACCAUCAGUCUCUCGUCUUGUCGCCCAAGGGUAUCCCACCGCGAUCGGAGGUCCGAUGACGACUCCUGCUGCUCACAGCCCGGACCCUCGACUUCUUGUCACUCCACAAUCUUCUGACAACGGAGAAGAGCAAAAUAAACCGACAUCCUCCCGCAUCAGUGUAACUCCUGCAAAACCGACCCUGAAUCCUGGAGUGUACCGCACGAUCAUUGAAAUUACAGGCGAUACAGCGAGAGUCAUCAAGUCCGAAGAUCCCGCGGAGAACAUUCCACUCAACACGCCCGCAGCUCACUCCUCCCCACAACAAUUCUCAGCUCCUGUUUCUCACGCUCCCACAUCCCUUACGAGAGUCGAACAGAUACUCGUUGAACUGUCCGAGAAGUACCCAAAAGCCCUCAUGGAGGCGGGAGCCGAUGGAUUCAUUGAAGAGAUGACAGCGGCUGAGAAAGUAGGAGACGAUUAUGGGUUGGAUAGAGCUUGGAUCAGACUGCGACUGUUGCUUGGUCGUCAAGUAACCCAUAAGGUCUCUCUCAAGCUCUGUGAGCGGUCGGAAGACGCCCGUAAGCACUGCGGGCGUCAGAGGCUGUUGUUCAUAUGGGAGGCUUUUCGCUGA